AUGUCUGAAACCAAACCUCCCGCUCACCAUACCAUUCAGCAUUUCUCUCUACAGACAGUCCGUUUUCCCCGCUCUCCGUGCCGAGGCUGUAAAAUCGAUGGUAAGAGUGGCUUGGUUUUCAGCCCCCGGCAGCAGGGCGUAGACGUCGGGGAUGGCAGCCCCAGCAGCGCGCCGGCCGAGACGCCUUCCAGCCAGGACUUCAGCCUCUCCUUGCUGGACACUAACUUACCAGCUGAAGCAGAGACUGAAUUGCGCAGUUUUAUCGCUAAGCGUCUUACUAAAGGAGCUCUGUUUGAAGGAAUGGGGAAUGUAGCAUCAAUGGGGCUGAGCAUACCAGAACAUAAAGUUGGUUGUUAUUACUGUCGUUUCCAAAAAGAAAAUCUUCUAGAAAUGGCAACACUGGAAUCAGACAUCAGUGCUCCAGAAUACGUGGUUUGUUUCUUAGGUGGCUCGGAGAAAGGUCUGGAACUUUUCAGACUUGAGCUGGAUAAAUACAUUCAAAGUCUGAAGAUAAACCUUGAUUUGGAGCAAAAAAGCUUGGAGACCUCUGUUAACCCCUACUUGAGAAGCUGGUUUGAGAAUGCCAUAUGCCCUAUUCAGAGAGUAGUCCAGCUCUUCCAGGAGAAACUCGCCUUUUUGUUACAUGCUGCAUUGAGUUAUACUCCUGUGGAAGUAAAAAACGCAGAUGAAAGAACAGAAAAAGACAUCAGCAGGUUUCUGGCAGCUGCCAGCCUCCAAGGCCUUGUUCAGGAAGGAACAAUGACCUCCUUGUGCAUUGCCAUGACUGAGGAGCAGCACAAGUCAAUGAUUGUAGACUGCAGUGGACCUCAGCCUCAGUUGCAUAAUGCAGGAAGCAACAGAUUCUGUGAGGACUGGAUGCACGCUUUUGUGAAUGGUGCUGAAGGUGGAAAUCCAUUCCUCUUCCGGCAAAUUUUGGAAAACUUUAAAUUGAAGGCUAUACAAGACAUUAACAACCUGAAGAGCCUGCUGAAGAUUGUUAAAGUUGAACAUGCAGAAAUGCCAGAAGCCAGAAACGUAGUGACUGUCCUUGAGGAAUUCAUGAGAGAAACAUCAGUGGCUUAA